ACCUGCAUGGUUUCCGCUGGAGCCCUCGGGUACACGUAAGACGUUCAGGCAGCACAUGCUGCCAGCGCGGAUCCAGGUCUCAUUACCCAGCCAAGCCAAUUGAAUGCUGUGAAGCACACCUUCCAAAAUACGGAUUAAAGGAACCUCGGCUCUGAUAACAGCACACAAGCACAAGAUUUUGUUUGCUUUUGAUUUAAUAGCAUAUCUUUCUCUUUUAGUAACACUUGCGGUGAUGCAUGAAUAAACAGAAGCACUCUAUUAAAAAAUGUCCGAUGCAACCAAAAUUCUCCCCGGGAGGAUACUGUGGAAGACCGUGCUGAAGUCUAGGUAGACUACCUCAGCAGCCUUUCCCUCAUCUACCCAUCCGGUCACACGGUCAUAGAAGGAGAUGACGUUGGGCAAGCACAACCUGCCUUUCACGAGCCCGUGCUGGCCGGGCCCGAUCCCCUGCAUGUCAUGCACGUGCCGUGUGAUGUGUACGGAGAUGAUUUGCUCCGUAACUUUCCCCGGUACCGAGGUCAGGGAAGAGACAGGAGAGAGGAGAGUGGAGCAGUGCAGCGGUGCGGCUGUGCUUGUGACAGCAGCAGACGCGUCACAGCGGGGGGGCGGGGCGUUGUCAGGAGGCUGUCAGAGUAGAGGCAGCGCUGCGGCACUUUGGCCUAGGCCUUCGAUAGCGCAACGUACGCUGGCCGCUGGCGGCAGCGACCAGCAAAGUUCCAGCAGCGAGGAGGAGGACGAGGAGGAGGACGAGGAAGAGGAAGAGGAAGAGGACAGUGACUUGGACGAGACACGCGACGUAGACAGAGUUUGGGCCGACAGCACCCAGUGGCCAGCGCCACACGCGGCCGGCAAGUGCCAGCUGGUGGAGGAGCUGGUGGACGACCUUCUUCGUGCCUGCCGAGGAAAGACGUGCCACAGCUUCGUGCCCCGGCUGCAGCCGGCCAUCGGGGUGGCCUGCGUCUGUGAAGGAUGGAGUGCCCAGGAAGACAACGUCAUCUACCGCCUGCUCGUGCCCAUGAGAGCUCCCCCCGGGCACGCCUUCCGUGUGGAGCUGGGCAACCCAAAGGAGACACCAAAAAGCAAGAAGUCCUGUCUGCGUGUGGAGCUGGAGUGCAUGUGUGCGAGGGAGCGGCUGCUGGGGGACAUGCUCUGCUUUCUCCACCACACUCGGAGGGAGCUGAGAGAAAACCAGGAAGCCAGCCUCCUCAACACCUUGUGCAGGGCCUCCUAUCUGGACGUGCGGAAAACCACGCGCUGGUUCCAGAACCGGGUGAAAGCAGCCUGGAAUUGUCUGCCUCAGUCGCGUGACUGGGGCCUGGAGCUGGUGCCCUCCGACCACUCCUGCAAGAUCAAGCUGACCCCCCCCCUCCAAGAGCACCUUCACCAUCGAGAUGACUCUUGGGGUGCAGCUUGAUGAGUCGGGCACGUUCCUGAGCUUUGACUAGGCUCAGGCUAUGCUUCUGUCUUCUUCUCUGUCUCUGUCUUCCCAAGUAUGUCCUUCUCUCUCUUAAAUAAAAUUAAUAGUAGUAUUAAUCAUA